GCAAGCUAAGCGGUCCAGAAGUGCGUCUCUUCCGUGUUCAGUUACCAGAUCACUCCCCAUUUCUUAAUCUUAAGGGGCCAUUCUUUUAUUUUUUUUUUGUGGAGGUGCUCAGUGUGGUGUUCUCUGUGUAGUUUUCGGUAGUGCAUGACCCAAAGACCGCAUGACCGGUCACGUGACCCACCUGCUGCUCCUUGGCUGCCUGCUCUGCCUGCUCGGCGAUGUUGCGAGAAUCGAGGCUCUCCACCGCUGGAGUCCCAUGAUGAAGGCCUUUCGGUAUCUCCAGGAGACGAUGCUUCGUAAUAGUCUGGAGCGGGCUCAUCUUAAUCAUGGCAUCGUCUUCGAGUGCCGAACUAUAUCAGCUAAGGAUUUCGGGAACGAAGUGCAUUUCAAUCUGCAACUGGGAGAUCUCCGAGGAUUUCGUCGGUUGGAUCCCAACAAAAAGUUGGCCCUCUUCUUGCACGGAUGGAAUGACCAAGGCAGCAAGGACUGGGUUCAAGAACUGUUGCUAACCUGGACCCUUUUCGACUCCAAUUACAAUGUUUGCGUGGUGGACUGGGGAAAUCUCUCGCAGAAUGACUACAAGUCCGCCUCCAUGUCUAUCUUCGAUGUGGGUCUGACGGUGGCUGGGAUAAUUAUGGCCUUGGAGGAACUGCGACCCAAUCACUUCCAUCGGAGCAACGUGACCUUGGCUGGAUAUAGUUUGGGAGCUCAUGCCGCUGGAUAUGCGGGGGCAGUGUUGGAGAGUCAGGUGGAGCAGAUCAUUGGAUUGGAUCCCGCUGGACCUCUCUUCUCGCUGCCCGCCGAGGUGUCGCCCAAGUACCGCUUGGAUCCCGGCGAUGCCCAGUUCGUUCAGGUGCUACACACCUCCGGAGGUUCCUUGGGGACCAGUCUGAAAUGCGGACACGCUGAUUUCUAUCCAAAUGGAGGAAGGGCCCCGCAGACGAACUGCAAGAUGUUUGCCAAUCUGCGCGAUAUGCAGAACACCAAUCCCAUCGCCUGCAGUCACUCGGCGGCAGCUAUUUUCUUCCGGCAAUCAAUGGAUCCCGAGUAUCCGUUCGUGGGCUACGAGUGCGGGAGCUACCGGGAAUUCUCCGCCGGAUAUUGCGAUGGGAACCGGAAGGCGCGCUUCGGGAUCCAUUCGCAGAGGCGGGCGCAGGGGAGCUUCUACUUCCGCACCGCCUCCCAACAACCGUACGUGCAGCGCCGUCAGACGAACUGGCUGAGUGGGGUGGGGCGCAUGGUGUCGAGUGGUAGGGGGACCAAGGUCGACCAGGGAAGCCCCCUCGUACUACGCCUCUGGACAAAUAGCUGGCGACGGCGGCAAAGAGCGAGAAAGCGACAGCGGAGGGAGAGAGAUCGCUGCGCGUGAAUUAGUUCCUAGACUUUUGUUAGUGUUAUGAGGGCCGUCAAAUAAACGCAGCCUAAAUGUA